GCAACACUUGAAGAAGUAAAUCUUCAACCCAAAUGAAAGUGAAGGUUUGUCUGAGCGACAGCAGGACUGCAGUCCAGUCGAGUCUCUCCGUUUGUCUCUGAAGGAAACUUCAACUGAAGCCAACAAAACAGCAGAAUCUCUGCCAAACGCUGUAUGAAGACAUGUCUGCUGCCAGCUGUCUGCUGACUGAAGAUCAGUUUCUGUGCUCCAUCUGUCUGGAUGUCUUCACUGAUCCUGUCACCACACCAUGUGGACACAACUUCUGUAAAACCUGCAUCACUCAGCACUGGAAUACUAAUGUCCAGUGUCAGUGUCCCAGCUGCAAAAAGCUUUUCAACACAAGACCUGAGCUGCAGGUCAAUACUUUCAUCUCUGAGAUGGCAGCUCAGUUCAGACAAUCAGCUCAACAGGAAGCCAGCAGCAGCAGCUCACAGCAACAAGUUUCCAAACCAGGAGAAGUUCCCUGUGACGUCUGCACUGGAACCAAACUGAAGGCCCUGAAGUCCUGCCUGGUGUGUCUGGUCUCCUACUGUCAGACUCACCUGCAGCCUCACCUGACAGCUUCAGGCCUGAAAAGACAUCAGCUGAUCCACCCUGUGGAGAACCUGGAAGGCAGGAUGUGCACGCAGCACGACAAACUGCUGGAGCUCUUCUGCAAGACCGACCAGAUGUGUGUCUGCAUGAUCUGCUCUGUUUCAGAGCACAAGACACAUGAUGUUGUUCCUCUAAAAGAAGAACAUGAAGGAAAGAAGGCAGAGCUGAGGAAGACAGAGGCUGAACUUCAGCAGAUGAUCCAGAAGAGACGACUGAAGAUUCAGGAGAUCACACGCUCAGUGGAGCUCAGUAAGGAAGGUGCAGACAGAGAGACAGCAGGUGGUGUUCAGGUCUUCACCGCUCUGAAGGAGUCUGUUGAGAGAAGCCAGGCCGAGUUCAUGGACACCAUCAGAGAGAAGCAGAGAAAGACAGAGAAACAGGCUGAAGGCUUCAUCAAAGAGCUGGAACAGGAAAUCUCUGAGCUGGAGAAGAGAAGCUCUGAGGUGGAGCAGCUCUCACAGUCUGAAGACCACCUCCACCUCCUCCAAAGCUUCCUGUCAGUGAACGCUGCUCCACCCACCAAGGACUGGACAGACGUCAGAGUCCGUCCACCUUCAUAUGAGGGGACUGCAGUGAGAGCUGUGAGUCAGCUGGAGGAGACGCUCAGUAAACUGAAGAAGAAUCUGUUUGAGGCUGAGUUGAAGAGGGUCCAGCAGUAUGCAGUGGAUGUGACACUCGAUCCUGAUACAGCACAUCCUCGACUCAUCUUGUCUGAAGAUGGAAAACAAGUUAAACAUGGUGAAGUAAACACGAAUCUCCCAAACAACCCAGAGAGAUUUGAUUAUUUUGUCUGUGUCUUAGCCAAGCAGAGUUUCUCUUCAGGAAGGUUUUAUUAUGAGGUUCAGGUUAAAGGGAAGACUGACUGGGCUUUAGGAGUGGCCAGAGAGUCGAUCAACAGGAAGGGCAGAAUCAGACUGUGUCCUCACUCCGGUUACUGGGCGAUGUGGUUGAGGAAUAACAGUGAGUAUGUAGCUCUUACUGGCCCUUCAGUCCGUCUCUGUCUGAAGUCUCAGCCUGAGAAGGUGGGGGUGUUUGUGGAUUAUGAGGAGGGUCUGGUCUCCUUUUAUGAUGUUGAUGCUGCAGCUCUGAUCUACUCAUUUACUGGCUGCUUCUUCACUGACAAACUCUACCCAUUCUUUUGUCCAUUCAAUGGCAAAUUCUACCCAUACUUGUGUCCAUUCAAUGAGAAACUCUACCCAUACUUAAGUCCAUUUCUAAACAAUCAAGGUGAAAACUCCGCCCCUCUGAUCAUCUCUCCUGUCAGUCACACUGAGUAGAACAACCAUUUGAUUUUCGACAGAAAGAUUCACAUCAUUUAAUGUGAAAAAUGUGUAUUUAUUGGUGAUGGAUGGUGUGAACAUUGUUGUUGCUGUUUAUGUCAGAUUUUCCUUUUUUCCUGCUCAUCAGAGAACAGUUUAUUCAUAGAUAAGAACUGUUGCUUACAAACAUACAACACAGAAAUACAAUAUUCAAGUUGUACCUGUAGCUGUAAAUAAAUGUAAACCCUCUGGCAAAUAAGGCACAUAAAGUCUGUUAUCAAAUAGCCGCUAUAAUAGGAAACACCAUAACUGUUAGCAUGAUUCAUCUGUAAAUAAACUAAAUAUGUAAGAAAGAUGUUGAAUACUUUAAUGUUUGUUAAAAAGCUGGCUUUAAAAGUUGAACAGCACGGAUGAUGUAUGAAAGAUGGAAAAAUUUAAUGUUUGAAGUUUCUAUCUGAAUGAGCACAUAAGAUUGAAAAUGCGUUAGAAAAGAAAAGAAAAGCCUCACUAAUCAGCUCACCUCGGUCAGCGGCGUUCCUGCUGCAGACGGUGGUUACCACGGUGACGGUCAUUCUGAUCAACUCGUAGAGGGACUUCACGUCAGCCAUCAUCUCUUCUGAGGACUGGACCUCCAAAAGACUGACUGAUCGACAGCAGCGCAUCAGCAGCCGUCCAUGUUGUGGAGUGAAAUUACCAAAAUAAACAGCUUCAAACCAGGUUUGGUCCCUCGUUCCUCAGGGUCACUAAAUAAAACUGAACUACAGCCUUCUGAGCUAACGACCAACGGUUUACAGACUAACUUAAAUGCAGGGUUUGCUCAGCAGCCGUGAGUUUUCUUGGUUAUCUCAGUCUGUGGCUUUCAUCCCAUUCAUCCAGGAA